UUCUACGAUUCAAAGUGAGAAUUUUGUUGCAUUUUAUAGUUGGUUAUACACAAGCUUGUCAGUAUGAUUAAGGAUAUGAAGUUCAGUAUUUUUCUGCUACUGUUGCAAGUUAUUUUCAUCUUCAUGUACGGUUUUUUCGUUGAGUACGAUGAAGUAGCUGGACCGAAAACCAACCAAAGUUCUGCAGAAGACAACAGACAAUUUGAAAUUUUAUAUCCAAUGUUCCAAGAUGUACAUGUGAUGAUCUUCGUCGGUUUUGGAUUUUUGAUGACAUUUCUUAAAAGAUAUGGAUACGGAGCGGUCGGGUUCAAUCUUUUGCUGGCAGCUUUUGUCAUUCAAUGGGCAAUAUUGAUGAGGGGAUCACUUACCGCAGAAAGCAAAAUUCACCUAUCCGUGGAAACGAUAAUGAACGCAGAUUUUGCUGCCGGUGCGGUUUUGAUUUCAUUUGGAGCUGUUCUCGGUGUUUUGAGUCCGAUCCAAUUAUUGGUUAUGGCUCUGCUUGAAGUAGCCGUCUAUGCCGCGAAUGAAUAUAUCAUCGUUGAACAUCUGCAUAUUAAUGACAUUGGUGGGUCUUUAAUCAUUCACUCAUUUGGUGCCUACUUUGGCCUCGCAGUCUCUGUCAUGCAUUGGAAGAAACGAUUAGUGGACAAUCAAAAAGAAGAGUCAGUAUAUCAUUCAGAUAUGUUUGCAAUGAUAGGAACACUGUUUCUCUGGCUUUUUUGGCCGAGUUUCAACGGUGCUCUGGCGGCAUCCCAUUCUGUGGUAGCCCAACGAUGUGUUACGAACACUCUGUAUUCCAUCGUUGCUUCAACGAUCGCUUCUUUCGCCAUAUCUUCAAUUAUAGAUAAAAAGGGAAAACUGUCUAUGGUUCAUGUGCAAAAUUCAAGUUUGGCAGGAGGUGUUGCGGCCGGAGCGGUUGCAAACUUGGCCACAGGACCGAUGGGCGCAUUGCUGAUUGGUACAUGCGCUGGUAUAAUCUCCGUCGCUGGAUACAAAUACGUCACGCCCACGUUUGCCAGAGCGUUCCAUAUUCAUGACACAUGCGGUGUUCAUAAUCUUCAUGGAAUGCCAGGAGUAAUGUCUGCGUUCAUUGCCGUUGUUAUGGCGAGAUUUAUGUCCCCAACGACCUUCUCGCCCGAAGAGCUUGCAAUCGUCUAUCCCAAUGUCAAGGACGGAAAUUUCCAGCACCAAGCAAACAUGCAGAUGGCCGGAUUGGCAGUGACUUUAGGAACUUCCAUCGUCGGAGGUGUUCUUACUGGUCUAGUAUUAAGGGCACCUUUCAUUGAUUCAACAGACGAAAACAACCUGUUUGAAGAUUCCAAAUACUGGAUCACUGAUGAAAGCGAUCGUGACUCUCCAGAACCAAUGAAUGAAACUGCCAUACCUUUGGCUCCCUCCAACGGAGAAACAGUUGCUGAAGAAUAAAAUUCACCAGUUAUACAUUUCAUCAACUAACACGAGCCCAUCUGUGGUUAUGAGGAAUGAUGUUGUCAAGAUUAUCGGACAAUAACAGAGGAAAACUUAAUUGACUUCACAACUGUAAUAACAACAGAUAUAAUACCAGAUACCUAAACAUUGAAUCGCGUCCUUGAGAAUUUCAGUGCGUAACUGAUUACUCAUAAUCUUGUAUAAUCCCAUGUUUUUCAUUGAUCAUUUUCAUUUUAAAGGCCUAUGAACUUUCACGAUAAUUGUUUUCACUUAUACAACAAAUUUAACUCGGAUGACAUUUUACUCCUUGCUAAUGCUAAUAAAUGUAACAAAAGCAAAAUUACAACUCCACCGCUCAAGUUUUUUUCUGUUGUGAAUAUGAAUAAGAAAUGCACAUCUUUUUGAAUCAUUAUCGCACGAUUCAUUACAACUUUGACAGAUUGGGAAGUUCUGAAUAUGACGUGACAUUUAAAAAUGUAUAAUAUUAUAUUAUAAACAAAUCUUCUGAAAUUCAUUCAAAAAUAUUUUCAUAUCAAUUUCUGGAGACAGAGAAACAGAGUGUAAGAGAGAGGGAGAGAGAUAGAGGAACAAAAUGUUUGCUAUUUUAAUUCUAUACUCAUUCCAGGUCCAGAAUAUUUGCGCUAAAAUUGAAUUGAAUUACGGAGUCUUUAUUACAAAAUAAAUUAAAAAAUGAUUAAUAAAAAGAAAUAGCUAUAUCCGUGAGUCUUGUAAUUGUAAUUUAUUCUCUAGUAUAAUUUUAAGUAAGCAGUUUUAUAGAACCUUUAAAUUAAACGACGCUCCAAGGUG